CCCCGCACCCUCCUCUCUCUCUCUCUCUCUCUCUCUCUCUCUCUCUCCCCCUUUCUCUCUUUUUCUCUCUAGCCCUCCAUCAUUGUCUCUCUCCUGAUGCCUCGAUGGAUGGGAGGCACAACCAGACCACAGGAAGGAUGACAAAUCAGCAGUUGGGGAAGCAGAAGGGUGUGGCUGAGGAGGGAGGCGAGGCAGAGCCUAAAGAAGGCGCUAAACAUCAACACUGCGGCUGGUUCGCACGCAACCUUCUCCUUACCCUUACUGUGUUGGGUGUGAUAGGAGGCACAGUGCUGGGCUUGCUGUUGCGUUAUGUUCCCGAUCUCGACUCAGACACACUCAUGCUCGUCUCCUUUCCUGGAGAUAUUCUGAUGAGGAUGCUGAAGAUGCUUAUCCUUCCCCUCAUCAUCUCCAGCCUCAUCACAGGUCUGGCCGGUUUGGAUGCACGCUCCAGUGGGAGAAUGGGCACUAGGGCCAUGGUGUAUUACAUGUCCACCACAGUUAUCGCAGCUGUACUGGGUGUGAUCCUGGUACUAGGCAUACACCCAGGGAACCCCAAACUCAGGGCAACCCAGGUGAACACUGGCCCCAAGGAUCAAGAAGUCAGCAGUAUGGAUGCUUUUCUGGACCUAAUCCGAAACCUGUUCCCUGAGAAUUUGGUUCAAGCCUGCUUUCAACAGGUUCAGACAGUGUUGAAGAAGGUCGCAGUGCCCGUUGAGAACCAGACAGAACCCAUUUUCAUCAACAAGAAGAAACUGGAGUUCAAGUGGGGGAUGAAUGUACUGGGUUUGAUUGGAUUCUUUAUCACGUUUGGGAUCUGCAUGGGCAAAAUGGGGGAGAAAGGGAAACUAAUGACAGAUUUCUUCAACAUCCUCAAUGAGAUCAUCAUGAAGAUGGUGUCCAUGAUCAUGUGGUAUUCCCCUGUGGGUAUCGCCUCCCUCAUCUGUGGGAAGAUUGCAGCCAUCGGUGACCUAGAGGUGGUUGCGAGGCAGCUGGGCAUGUACAUGGUUACCGUCAUCGUCGGCCUGAUUAUCCAUGGAGGAAUUAUCCUGCCAAUCAUAUUCUUCACUGUGACGCGGAAAAACCCAUUUGCCUUUUAUUCUGGAAUCUUCCAGGCCUGGAUCACUGCGCUAGGAACAGCCAGCAGUGCAGGGACAUUGCCCGUCACAUUUCGCUGUCUAGAAGAAAAUUUGAAUAUUGAUAAACGGGUCACCCGGUUUGUGCUGCCUAUCGGGGCUACCAUAAACAUGGACGGCACAGCCCUGUAUGAGGCUGUUGCAGCCAUUUUCAUAGCCCAAAUGAAUGGGAUCGAUUUGGACGGAGGACAGAUUGCCACUGUGAGUAUGACAGCCACUCUGGCCAGUGUGGGAGCGGCCAGUAUUCCCAGUGCUGGACUGGUCACCAUGCUGCUAAUCCUUACUGCUGUAGGCCUCCCAACGCAGGACAUCAGUCUGCUCAUUGCUGUAGACUGGCUGCUUGAUAGAAUGCGUACCUCCAUCAACGUGGUGGGCGAUUCGUUUGGAGCGGGAAUCGUGGACUUCCUGUCGCGGGCGGAGCUUGCUCAGAUUGACGGCGACAUUCCUCUCUCAGACGAGGAGUUUGUCCCACCUCCUCCUUUAUUGACUGAUAUUGACCUGAUUGACCCUCUGUGUCCUCCUGAAUUACCCCCGCGCUCCCCAAGACCCCCCAAACUGAAUCACCACCACCCUCCAUCUUUUAGCCAGUCUCAGUCUCACUCCAUCCCUCACUCGCCCAGGUCUGUUCGCUCUCCUUCACCCCGCUCUAUCCGUUCCCCCUCGCCUCGCUCCGUCUGCUCCCACUCCCCGCGGCCUUUCCGCACUCACUCUCCCUGCCUCCUGCGCCGCGCAGAGCCUGGAUACUGUGCCCUGCCCUCCAUUGACAACCAGGUGCCCACGUUGCCCCGGGGCUACAGAGAGAGAAACCGAGAGAGAGAGCGAGAUAGAGAGAGGGGGAGACUGCGUGGGCGAGAGAGAGACAAAGAAAGUGAGACAGAGGAAGAAGAAGAGAAAGAGAGGAUGAUGAUGGAUGAGGGGAGUGACGGGGAAGAAAGUGAUGACACCGCUUACGAUCGAAGUCACGCUAUCCCUCCCUGUGAUCUCCCCUGAGGGCUGGUCAGUCCCACGCACUGCCCACUCAGCACACUUUCACCACGCUCCCUUCUGCUGGUUAUCAGGUGAAACGCUGGCUGUUUUUGAGUCUGGGCAGGAGCAAGUGUUGGUUCUUUUUCUUCGCAAUGUGAUUCUCUGCUUUGUGUGAAUGGGCUGAGAAGAAGCUUUGAAGCUUUUGGUUAAUUCUAAUCAUUUUUUAAUAAAAAUCAGAUUCACACAAUUUUCCACGUAACCCAAAUGUAGGACGAUUAGCCAAGAUGUUUUGUGCCCAGUAUUUAGUUUUUUUAGUUUUGCACUGGAACAACGAGGCCAAUAUAAUAUACCCCACCAAUUUGCAUCAUCAUGCACUGUUCAAAACACAGUUAAAACAUACAAUGGUGGACAGAAACCACAGAACUUGCUGCAUUUAGUGGUGACAGCGUGAUAAUCUAGGCAUGCAGUUUGCACGGUGCUACUGGGGUAUAGGGUUCUAAUACUUUUUAGCUGCAUUAGCAUUAGAUGAAAACUUUAGAAACAAAACAGGUCUUGGCUGACUGUCCACAUUCGGAGUCAGGCGGGGGGUGGGGGGGGGUGCUUUUUUUUUAUUUUAUUUUUUUUUUAUUUGCUAGACUAUUUCUUUAAUGCUUUGCCACAGUCCUAUCCAAAACAACUCUGAGCCCAUUUCCAAAUAACAUACUAACAUACUGACUAAUUUAUUGGUAGGGCAAUUUUAGGGUUGUUUUUCUUACAUCUUAAUGAGAGUGAAUCGGGGUCAUUGGCUGUUCCUGCUCAGCCAUUCACUCCUUUUAUUGCUGGUCCUUAUCAUUCCUUUCAUAUUGCUUUAUGAAUCCCUGUGUUUGAACAAGGGAUCAGUCAGAUCAGAUUAAAGGCCAGUUUCUUUUCUCUCCUUUCUUGAAAUUCCUUCAUCAUGUACGUCCCUUGUUUGCCCGUUCAUUCGUUAUCCUACUAGAUGUUCUCUUAUACAGUAAAGACUUGGGUAGGUGUCGGACGAACAAGAAAUAAAAACACAAGAUUGCUGUCAUGGCAGCUACAGGGAGCGCAUAGCCUAGUGAAGUUUUAUAUAUAGGUCUUCUAGUCCUGUCCAGUAUGUCUCUCCAUUUCCUUGUUAGCUUAACCUUUAAUCACAGCAAAAACGUGCUGUAUGUUCAUAAACUACAUUCUGAUAAACUGAUAAAUUUGCAAAAAACCUGCCUGCUAUUCUGGAUUCUGUUGUCACAGCUGUUUUAGCAGUCAAGUUACCUUGAUGUUAAUAUUUAUUUUUAUUGGAUUUGAUUUGAUUUUACUUUGUAUUGCUAGUAUUCUUUCUUUUUCGUGUGGUGUGUGCUACGAUGGGUCAUUAGUUGUUUUUUUUUUCUGAACUACAUUCAAACCAGUUUUCUUUCUUUGAUUUUUUUCAGAUCUGUGUAUACGUGUCAUUUCAUCACUCUUUUGUCUGAUUUCUGUCUUUCUGAGCGUUUGUUUGUUGUAUGAUAGGCUCUUAAUUGUCUUUCUCUGUCUCUCUGAAAUGCCUUUCGUCAGCCAUUUCCCAUUCCUCUUCAGCUGACACAUCCAGUUCGAGUGUAUACUGUACGUAAUAAAAUCUUAGAGAAUUAUUUCAGUUA